AUGUGGAACCAAAAAGCAUCAUGCAAAAUUACACAAGAGCUAGACUUCGCUCGUGAACACCUAAUCCACCAAUAUAAACUUGGCAAAAUCAAGUCAAGAAUUGACAACAAGCCUCCAAGAAAAAUGCCGCAUGUUUUCAGCAAAGCGAAAAAAGGCUUAAAAGAAGAAGAACGGCUCAAUGAAAUGCAGCACACAAACCAUCUGCUUUUACAAAAGCUUUUAUUAAUUGAUACAAAGCCAAGCCAAGCAGCAACUCCUAUCAGUUCUUCGUUAAAAUCGCUUAAUAGAAAAAAUAGAAUUGAAGAACUGACCAAAAUUAGUGAAGAAAACAGAAGAAUUUUGAGGAAAAUAAAUACGGCUGGGUCACAUUAUAAUGCAAGAAAGCUAUACUAUAUAAUAAAAAUGGUUUAUAUUAGUAUUAUAGUAAACUAACAGACGAUAUAAAAUAUAGGGAAUUAAUAAAAAGACCUUAGAGAUAUUAUUUUAUAUAGGGAAUAGAUCAAGACUAUAGACAGCAUGAGUAUCUAGCUUAUCAACUUUCUGAAAAUGCUAGGAGAAUUCCAAGCAGAACGUCCUAUACAAUUAACGAGAUCCUUGAUGGCACUGGAAUUAUGAGCUCUGGGGUCAGAAGUAACAGGACUUUAAGACCAAACAGUGCAUAUCCUACCUCAAGAAGAGAAAAUAAAUUCACCAGGCCUCAGUCAGCAAACGACUUAGACGAGUUUUAA